AUGGCCGCCACUGCAGACCCGCUCCAGAUGCUGGCCGCCGCUCUGAACGUGCCUGCAGACUCGGACGAGCAGGCCACCCUCCUAGCCGCGCUGCGCGAGUCACUCGAGGCCCACCCGAAUCCCAUACCCAUCCUCUGCUCGACGCUUGUUAGAACCGUGUCCGGUGCAGCUGACUCCCUUUUGAAAAGAUGGGUUCUCGAGCUAUUACACUUUGGCAUAUCUCGCUCGAGUCUCGCGCUCGACGUGCGUACGAACCUUGCGACCACAUCCGUGCAGACGCUUGCCGCAAUGCUGAACGACCCAGCGCCGAGGAUCGCGAAGCUCGUCGUGUCCAUCCUCACGGGCGUGUAUCCCCUUGUGUUCCGCCAGAUGUUUACCAUACGCUCACAACGACAAGAAUGGGAUAUUGUUUUGCAGUGCAAGUCCCGCAUAUUGGAGUUCGUGUGGUCCCCGACCACCCCCAGCGGUGUAAAGCUAGCUGCCGUCAAGUUUAUGCAGAAGAUUAUUCUUCUCCAGACACGGGGAAAUCCAGACCCGAGGCUUCAGAAUAGAGACGACCCGAACAUCUCGUCAAUCCCUGCCGAUCACCCCAUACUUUCCUCGCAAACGCUGGAACAGGAAGCUAACAAGCUCCUUGAAGGACUGGUGACGCUGCUUUAUACGAGCCCGAACCCGGACAUCAUCUCAGCAAUUCUCAACAGUUGGUCAAAUUUGGUCAAACUCCGCCCCACCUACGUACAACUGGUGGUAUCGUCCUUGGCAUCAUGGACUCCAAACACCUUGAGUGGCCUUUCUGCUUCGGCCAUCAAGAGCGUGGAGAAGGGCAUCCGGAUAUUAUUGGUUCACAUAUCUCGAGGUCCACAUGGUUCUGCGUUUGGCGCUCAGAUCAGUGAGGCCCUUUCAGUGCAGGGCACUCGCAUGGAGCGAGCAUCCGCAGAAGAAAAGGCCAGGAAAGCGGCAGCAUCAGCAACUGCCACGGAGGCGGCAAAGAAGAGACCACCCUCAGCAAGCGUAGAAGCACCUUCAGACGUCAAGCGCGUGCGGAUGGAAGCCGGGCCAUCUACUUCGAACUCAAACUCUGCCGCGUUCUUGGCUGGCUUUGAUUUCAAUACAUUGCCAAUUGCACUUAUCAUUGAGAUCAUAGUGGCCAACCUUGCCGCGUUCUCAGAGCCAACUUUGACGGACCUUGUCAAUGCCUACAGGCAACGCCAAGGAACACCUACCGUGCCGACUGCGAGUACGCCUGUCCCAGCAGUUCCACCAAUAGCACCCCGGGCCCAUGACAAGGGCAAAGCCGCGGAAAUCACCCCUCCGCCAGUCAAACAGGAGCCAGUCGAUCCCUUGAAAAUGGACAUCGACGAAGAAGAAAUGGAGUACGAACCGGAUAAAUUAAACCAAGAGCUGGGUACAGCGGCCGCGGGCGAAGACGCAGGGGCUGAGGAAACCGCGGAAGCGGAUAUUAGCUUAACCCUAGAAGACUUCCGGCUGCCUCCACCCACGGACCUUCCCGAGGACGAGCGAAUAGUGUUGAUGCGAAAGUCGAUAACACGAAUAUCUGACGGCGCGGAUGAGCUCAAGAUCGGCCUGGAUGAUUCGUCGGUGAAGAUGGAGACCUCCGCCGUCGACAUGUGGAUGCUUCUCGUCAUACGCAUGUUUAGCCGUGUGUCGCAUCCCCAUAGUGAGUCUUCUGGGCGUGAUGAAGAAGCUGGAAAGCGACCUCAAGAUCAGGAUGUCAUUACGGCGAACUACACUCGGCAGGAUAAGAUUCGACAGAGUCUCUGUGACUAUAUCAUGGAAGACUUCGCAGGAAGGCGAGCACGUUUUAUAGUUGAUAUACUGCUGUUACGCCUUGCGACGUUUUGGAUGAACGAAGAGUGGUACAAUGACCGGAUAAAUCGGAACGGAGAUUUGAACCGGCCUCCCAACUAUGACUCCUGGCUAAAUCAAAUUGUCUCAACGUACCAAACGAUCCUUGACACAAAAGCUGACGGCAGGCCAGAUAGUAAAGACAAGGCAUUCGCCCGAUUUUUACUGGACCUCCCUGCCGUUCCACCGGAUGUUUUCGAGCUACUGCGAGACUUAUCCGUCGAAACGGAUAAGAUGCAUGUCGGUUUCACGAGUCUGCGUGAAUUUGUAGUAGAGCGGCCAUCACUGAGAUCUGAGUCACUGCAAGUCCUUCUCGAACUAACCACGCAUCCAGAGCCUGUGACUCGACGUGCCGCCAUCAACACAGUGAAGCGGUGGAUUCCCGGCAAUGACUUCAUUGAAGGCAAGGUCCGCGGCUUUGCGCUUCGAAUUUUGCGGCGUCUGCAAAAGCGGCCUGCGAAGGAUGACCGCAAAGGCGGCGAAACUCAUGUGAACGGCGCGUCGGAAGAUCAACCCAUGGAAGACGGUCAGUUGGCCGCAGAUGACAUCGAACAGACACCUUAUCUGCCGGAGGAGAUGGAGCUUCCGGCCCAGAAGGCGCAUGUUUUGCAACAUGUCGAGCUGCUCUUCGCUCUAUCCGUGAAGGUUCCCGACUUCUUGGACGAAAUCUUUGAGGCAUACGGACACAUGGACUCGAGCACGCAAGAAGUUAUCCAGAAUCUCAUUACGCCGUUGGUGAAGUCGCUCGGAUCGAGCAACGGCAAGCUCCUUACUCUGAUGAGAACUUGUCCCGCUGGUUCGGAGUCGUUGGCGCUUCGUGUCUUGGCGAUCUUCACGGAGUCCGGAAGGCCAAGUGCUCAACUUGUGGCACUGGUCAAGGGUCUUAUUAGUGAACGUGACCUCGAUGCACGCUUUCUUAUUCCUAUUAUUGCGGAAAUGGAUAAGUCUGAUAUCCUACGAUAUCUACCACGCAUCGUAUCUAUUCUCAAUGGAGAGGCCGAGCCGAAGAACCUGGUCCGCUCCGUGUUCAACUCGGUGGUUACCACACCACCUCAAACAUUUGGGAGUGUCACCUCGAAUUUACCUCGUGUCAGGCAGAGUGAGUUGCUUACGCCAGCGGAGUUGAUGGUUUUGCUGCAUGAGUCGGAGAAGGAAAUCGGCCUGAAGGCUGCUAUCGAAGCUAUCAACAUCUGUUUCGCCAUGACCGAUGUUUUCCGUUCUGAGAUCUUGGCUGUCGUCAUGCAACAGAUUGUGGACGAGCCUGUCCUUCCUGUACUCUUUUUGAGAACCGUCAUUCAAGCGGUGACAACUUACAAAUCCCUGGUUGGAUUUGUUUCGACAACACUACUAUCGCGUUUGAUCACGAAGAAGAUCUGGCAAAAUCCGCACCUGUGGGAAGGAUUUAUUCGUUGCGCCAAGGCUAUCGCUCCUGCUAGCUUCGGAGCAUUAUUGCAGCUACCGAAGGAACAGCUGCGAGAGUUAGUUGACAAACAGCCCAGCCUCAAGUCUGGGCUGCGUGACUAUGUCACCAAAAAGGCCGGAAAUAAGGCCAGGGUUGCUGGGUUCCUUGACAUAUUUGGAGAGGAUGAUAGUGCUCAAAACCAAACACAAGAUACGACCAUGGUUGCUGCCCCUGCAUGAGUGAUUAGUCGACUGACGGGCCUUAAGGUUUAGGACGGCAUGCUAUUUAUCAUAGUGUAUAGUAGUAUAUUUCUCAGCAUGUACAACCGUGAGGUUCGUAUUCGUAUUCAAGUUGACGUUAAC